UCGAAAAGCUGAUGGGCAGGCGAGAGUGAAUGUCUUUUGUCGACAGGAAUGCAAGCCAUUUGACAACAGUAAUGGCGUAUAUGAGAAGGCGCCACAACGACCAUGAGGACAGCAAAUCUAUUAACAGCGGAAUUGUGCUCUCAAAUAACUGGACAUCAGACAAAUUUUCUUUUCCUGAUAUUACUGCGUACAUGGGAGAAAUAGAUGGAAACUGCAGUGAUUUUAAACAAGAGUUUGGUGAUGACAAGUCUUGGAGAAAUACAGCGGACUUGUACUUGAAACUGUAGUGUUAAGGACUACCCCCGGUGACGUACAGAUAUUGGACUUGGGGACCAUGGAAGAAGACGGGUGUCUUUUGGAUUGCAUCGCGUAUGCUUCGGCCUUCUUUGAUGAAGAGAUAGAUGAACUCCCUCAUGAAUCAUCAAAGACUGUACCCACCAAGCAACCAGACAACAUCCAUACAACAUUUAGACAGCAUCUAAGCACGAUAACAAGCAUCCAGACUUCAUCCAGGCACAUCACCAAGCAACCAGAGAGCAUACAAGCACCACACCAAGCAACCUGACAGCAUCCAAGCAACCAGACAUCAUCCAGGCACCACACCUAGCAACCAGACAUCAUCCAGGUAUCACACCUAGCAACCAGACAUCAUCCAGGCACCACACCUAGCAACCAGACAUCAUCCAGGUAUCACACCUAGCAACCAGACAUCAUCCAGGUACCACACCAAGCAACCAAACAUCAUCCAGGCACCACACCUAGCAACCAGACAUCAUCCAGGCACCACACCUAGCAACCAGACAUCAUCCAGGUACCACACCAAGCAACCAAACAUCAUCCAGGCACCACACCUAGCAACCAGACAUCAUCCAGGCACCACACCUAGCAACCAGACAUCAUCCAGGCACCA